AUGCCUUUGAAUGUAGUCAAUGAUCGUGAUGGAUCCUCUCGGAUUAUUUUGACCGACCCUGCCGGAUCAACUGCUGAGGUGCUUCUCUAUGGAGGACAAGUGGUUUCUUGGAAAAAUGAAAGGAGGGAGCAGUUGCUCUAUAUGAGUAGCAAGGCGCAAUUGAAGCCACCUAAGGCGAUCAGGGGAGGGUUACCUGUCUGUUUCCCACAGUUUGGAAAUUUCGGUGCACUUGAGCGACAUGGAUUUGCCAGGAACAGACUCUGGUCAUUUGAUAACGAUCCUGCGCCUCUGCCUCCUGUUAACCAACAAUCAUCUGUCGAUUUAAUAUUGAAGUCUACUGAGGAUGAUUUUAAGACAUGGCCACAUAGCUUUGAACUUCGUGUUCGCAUAUCUAUCAGUCCUGGCAAACUUACUAUUACCCCGCGUGUGAGGAACACAGACUCGAAGGCAUUCUCCUUUAUGUUUUCACUUCGUAACUACUUAUAUGUAUCAGACAUAAGUGAAGUUCGGGUUGAGGGUCUGGAGACACUUGAUUAUCUGGAUAACUUGAUGCAUAGAGAACGAUUCACCGAACAGGCAGAUGCAAUUACCUUUGACGGUGAGAUUGAUAGAGUGUACUUGAACACACCGACAAAGAUUGCCAUCAUAGAUCACGAGAGAAAGAGAACUAUCGAGUUGCGAAAGGAAGGAAUGCCAAAUGCAGUUGUGUGGAACCCGUGGGACAAGAAGGCCAAGAGUAUUGCGGAUAUGGGAGAUGAGGAUUACACAACAAUGCUUUGUGUAGAUUCUGGUGCUAUAGAAACCCCGAUAUUGUUGAAGCCUCGUGAAGAGUGGAAAGGAAGACAAGAACUCUCUAUCGUCUCAUCAAGCUACUGCAGCGGCCAGCUCGAUCCUCGUAAGUUGGUCUUUAUUAUUAGUAAUUUUAAGGUUCGUAUUCCUCAUGCCAUGGAGAUUACUACUAUAGUCGAUAACCCGACCAACUCAGCUUGUCGCCGGAAAUGUUACUUGGAUUCGAUUUUCAGGGGAGUAAACUAUAGUCCUCCGCUUCAAACCUAG